CUGCUUCUCCAACCGCCUGAAAUAAUGAAGAAGAAAAAGACCCUACAGUUUUGUCGCCUGAACAGCUUUAGCCAGGCUAAUCAUCACUUUAAAUAAUUUCUGACAGAGUUUUGCAGUUGCAGUUCGAUGGAAUUAAAAAUUAAAGCACGUUAUUGUGUCUGUUUUUGAGGAUUUAAAACGUCGUUCUGCUUUAAAACCCUGAGAUGUUAUAAUGAGCUCAGCAGGAGACAGACAGCGCUCCUCCAGGAAGUCUCGGGCUCCUGAUCCUGCUCCCUCACAGCUGUGUGAGGACGUGAAAACAGAGACUUCAGAUGGAGGAACAUUCGACGUGUCAGAAGUGAAGAAAGAGGAGACGCUGGAGCUGAACAUCUACAACCAUGGAGACGACGUUGACAACACACCUGAAGUUAUCUCCAUUAAAGAGGAAAAUCCUGACAAUAAAGACUACCUCUACUGUGAGAUUUGCAAAUCCUUCUUCUUCAACAAGUGUGAGGUUCACGGACCGCCCCUCUUCAUCCCUGAUACUCCUGUUCCCAUGGGAAUCCCUGACCGAGCCAGACAAACUCUUCCUCCUGGACUAGAGAUUCGGAAGUCCGGUAUUCCUGACGCAGGCCUGGGAGUGUUUAAUAAGGGGGAGAGUGUUCCAGUAGGCGCACACUUCGGACCCUACCAGGGAGAGCUGGUAGACAGAGAGGAAGCCAUGAACAGUGGCUACUCCUGGGUGAUAUGCAGGAGCAGGCAGUAUGAAGAAUACAUAGAUGCCAAAAGAGAAAUGCAUGUGAAUUGGAUGCGGUAUGUGAAUUGCGCACGUAAUGAUGAAGAACAGAAUCUUGUGGCUUUUCAGUAUCGAGGGGGAAUUCUGUAUCGUUGCUGUCGACCCAUUAACCCAGGACAGGAGCUGUUGCUGUGGUAUGAAGAGGAGUACUCCAAAGAGCUCAGUCCUGCGUUUGACUACCUCUGGAACAAAAAGUGCUCCACAAAUGAAGCAAACAACGGUCUGUUGCAAGUCUUUUCCUGCUCUGCAUGCCCUCUUUACUAUGCAUCUCAAAUUUACCUCGACAAACACAUCCAGAGAUGCCACCAUGAAGAGUAUGUGAAACUGCGGGAAUCAGGAGAGAUUAAACAUGAACUUCACAUCCCCUACAAAGGCUCCAGUAGUCAGCCAGCAUCAUCUGAUACUCGCAGUUCUGACACUUCUCAGAAUGAUAUACAGAAGGACAUUCACCACUGUUCAGACUGUGGAAAGAGUUUUACUCAUCAGAAUGCCCUCAAAACACACCAGUGCAUUCACACAGGAGAAAAACCACAUCACUGCUCACUGUGUGGAAAGAGUUUCUAUCAGUGGAGCAACUUCGAACGACACCAGCGCAUUCACACAGGAGAGAAGCCAUAUCACUGCUCACAGUGUGGAAAGAGUUUUACUCAUCAGAGUGCUCUCCAACGACACCAGCACAUUCACACAGGAGAGAAGCCGUAUCACUGCUCACAUUGUGGUAAGAGAUUUACUCAACAGAGUCAUCUCCAAAGACACCAGCAUAUUCACACAGGAGAGAAGCCGUUUCACUGCUCACAGUGUGAAAAGAGUUUUAAUCAACAAGGUGAUCUCCAACGACACCAGCGCAUUCACACAGGAGAGAAGCCAUAUCACUGCUCACGAUGUGAGAAGAGUUUUAAUCGACAGGAUCGUCUCCAACAACACCAGAGCAUUCACACAGGAGAGAAGCCAUAUCACUGCCCACAGUGUGGGAAGAGUUUUAAUAGACAGGAUCGUCUCCAAAGACACCAGCAUGUUCACACAGGAGAGAAGCCAUAUCACCGUUCACAAGGUGGACAGACAUUUACUCAAGAGAGUACUCUACAACACCACCAGAGCAUUCACACAGGAGAGAAGCCAUAUCAUUGCUCACAGUGUGGGAAGAGUUUUACUAGCCAGAGUAAUCUUCGAAAACACCAGCGCAUUCACACAGGAGAGAAGCCAUAUCUUUGCUCACAGUGUGGGAAGAGUUUUACUAACCAGUGUAAUCUCAGAAAGCACCAGCACAUUCACACAGGAGAGAAGCCCUUUCAGUGUUCAAAGUGUGAGAAAAGUUUUAAUCGACAGAGUAAUCUCCAACAACACCAGCGCCUUCACACUGGAGAGAAGCCAUAUCACUGCUCACAGUGUGGCAAGAGUUUUGCAGCCAAGGGUAAUCUACAAACACAUCAGCGCAAUCACACAGGCGAGAAGCCGUAUCAUUGCUCACAGUGUGGGAAAUGUUUUACUUACCAGAGUCAUCUCCAAAUACACCAGCGCUUUCACACAGGAGAGAAACCCUAUCACUGCUCACAGUGUGGGAAGAGUUUCCACCAGCAGAGUACUCUCCAAGUCCACCAGCGCAUUCACACUGGAGAAAAGCCAUAUCACUGCUCCCAGUGUGGGAAGUGCUUUAAUCGACAGAAUCAUCUUCAGACACACCAGCGCAUUCACACUGGAGAGAAGCCGUAUCUUUGCUCACAGUGUGGAAGGACGUUUACUUAUUCAGUUACAUUUAAGACCCACAAGUGCACUAACUCAGAGACAUUGCAUGAUUUAAAAUUGUCAAAAGAGCCUGAAAGGCAAAAGCAAGGCUGCCUCAGCAAGGUGCACCUCAAGAAGUACCAGUGUUCUGGGGUGGUAAUGAACAUGGAAGUUUGUGCAGUUGUCAGCUGUGUCUGUGAGCUGGUGGAGGCUAAUCCAGGCCACUCCCUGGACUCUGAUUCUGGAGUUGAGCAACAUGAGACAUGCUGGUUCAUUCUCCAUCUGGAAGAGCCCUGGGAUAAGGGCUAUGGACACACCAUCCUCAUCCUCCUCAGUCGAGCACCAAGAGAGAUGCACUCUGUUAUAAUGAGUUCAGCAGGAGACAGACAGCGCUCCUCCAGGAAGUCUCGGGCUCCUGAUCCUGCUCCCUCACAGUCUCCCACAACUAUGGAGGUAUUUUCCAAACUAAUUUCAAAAGUAAUUGCUAUUUCAUCUCUAAGCCAAAAUUUCCUUUACAUCUGCAUUUCCGAUGCCUUGCACAGAAACCUGUCCAUCAGUGCCGGAGGUGGGAGUUUCCUAUGGGGCGUGUUUGUAUUCGGAAGUGACGUCAGUUACAGUCGACUUGAGUUUUGGCUCCACAUGCGACGCCGUGGAAGUGAAACAGCAAACGGGCUGUGUGAGGAUGUGAAAACAGAGACUUCAGGUGGAGGAACAUCAGAUUCUGAGGACCAGCAGAAUGGAGGAGUCCAUAUGGAGCUCAGAUCUCACUGUGUGAAGAAAGAGGAGACGCUGGAGCUGAACAUCUACAACCAUGGAGACGACGCUGACAACACACCUGAAGUUAUCUCCAUUAAAGAGGAAAAUCCUGACAAUAAAGACUACCUCUACUGUGAUGUUUGCAAAUCCUUCUUCUUCAACAAGUGUGAGGUUCACGGACCACCCCUCUUCAUCCCUGAUACUCCUGCUCCCAUGGGAGUCCCUGACCGAGCCAGACAAACUCUUCCUCCUGGACUAGAGAUUCGGAAGUCCGGUAUUCCUGACGCAGGCCUGGGAGUGUUUAAUAAGGGGGAGACUGUUCCAGUAGGCGCACACUUCGGACCCUACCAGGGAGAGCUGGUAGACAGAGAGGAAGCCAUGAGCAGUGGUUACUCCUGGGUGAUGUACAGAAGCAGGCAGUGUAAAGAAUACACAGAUGCCAAGAGAGAGAUGCAUGCUAACUGGAUGGGGUUUGUGAAUUGUGCUUGUAAUGAAGAAGAGCAAAAUCUUGUGGCAUUUCCAUAUCAAAGUGGGAUUCUGUACCGUUGCUGUCGACCCAUUAACCCAGGACAGGAGCUCUUGGUGUGGUAUGAAGAUAACGCCAAAGAUCUCAAUCCUACCAUUGACUACCUCAGGAGCCAAAAUUGCUCCUCAGAUGAAGUAAACAACGGUCUGUUGCAAGUCUUUUCCUGCUCCGCAUGUCCUCUUUACUAUGCAUCUCGAAUUGACCUCCACAAACACAUCCAGAGGUGCCACUAUGAAGAGUGUGUGAAACUGCAGGAAUCAGGAGAGAUUAAACAUGAGAUACAGAUUCCCUCUAAAGGCUCUAGUUGUCAGCCAACAUCAUCUGAUACUCUCAGUUCUGACACUUCUCAGAAUGAUAUACAGAAGGACAUUCACCACUGUUCAGACUGUGGAAAGAGUUUUACUCAUCAGAAUGCCCUUAAAACACACCAGUGCAUUCACACAGGAGAAAAGCCGUAUCAGUGCUCACAGUGUGGAAAAGGUUUUACUCAACAAAGUAAUCUCCGCAAACAUCAGCGCAUUCACACAGGAGAGAAGCCGUAUCACUGCUCGCAGUGUGGGAAGAAUUUUACUCAUCAGAGUCAUCUCCAAAGACACCAGCACAUUCACACAGGAGAGAGACCGUAUCACUGCUCACAUUGUGGUAAGAGAUUUACUCAACAGAGUCAUCUCCAAAGACACCAGCAUAUUCAUACAGGAGAGAAGCCGUUUCACUGCUCACAGUGUGGAAAGAGUUUUAAUCGUCAGGGUACUCUCCUAGUCCAUCAGCGCAUUCACACAGGAGAGAAGCCGUAUCACUGCUCACAGUGUGAGAAGAGUUUUCCUGACCAGAGUAAUCUCCGAAAACACCAGCGCGUUCACACAGGAGAAAAAUCGUGUCACUGCUCACUGUGUGGAAAGAGUUUUACUCAACAGAGUGAUCUCCAUCGACACGAACGCAUUCACACUGGAGAAAAGCCGUAUUUCUGCUCCCAGUGUGGCAAGAGUUUCACUCAGCAGAGUAAUCUCCAUCUACACCAACGCAUUCACAUAGGAGAGAAGCCAUAUAACUGUUCACAGUGUGGGAAGAGUUUUACUCAACAGAGUACUCUCCAAAAACAUCAGCGCAUUCACACAGAAGAGAAGCCCUAUAACUGCUCACAGUGUGGGAAGAGUUUUACUUAUUCGAUUUCAUUUAAGGCCCACAAGUGCACUAACACGGAGCCACUGAAUUUAUCAGAUUAAACAUUUAGUGCAGUGAUUAAUAUUAUAAUGCUUGCUUUUGAUCUUAGAUGGGUAUACAUGUAAAAGACUUGUCGAAAUAAUCAAUAAUGCCAAUUAUGAAAAAUUAUUAACAUGGAUUUUAUAUUCGAUGCAUUGUUUACUUAACCAACAACAGAAAUGUGAGAGCACAGAGGCUUCUAUCCCUGGGAAGAAUAUAAUGCCAUAGUGAAGCUGCGGCACCACAGUGAAGGGGACGUCACCCCUGUUGUACUACUCCACUCAUAGAGAGUUCCACAGUUCAUAGGAAUUCGUCUGUAUGCUGCUUAAACUGCUAGAUCUUCAGAGAGAGAGAGUGUAAGAGUGCAUGAGUUUGUGUCUGAAUUCCAAACGUUAGAAAAGCUGUUUUUUUGACACAGCAGUGCAUCUGGCUAAAAGCUGUAAAGGUUAUAACUGUAUUUGUUUCUUAGGAUAACAACUACUGGUUUUUCUAUAUAUGAACAUAACAGUGGAAGAUAAUGCUGUGCAUCUGAAUUGUAUCUCCCACUGGGACAUGUACAAAUAAAAGACGAGACUUAAGACAGA